GCCGCCGGAGAUAUAAUUCAGUAGUGCAAAAGAACAUAAAACAUGUUACCCUUUAUGAAAUAUCAACCCUUAAAAAAAUUUUGUCAUCCUAUCAACGGCAGAUUAAAUAUCAAGAAAAUUAAAAAUACACCGCGAAACACUGAAUCAUAAACCGUUUUCGCCCCGCCAUUCUUUCCUCGAUCCUUCUCCCGCUUCUCCACUCCUAUAUAUAUUAUUAUGGCCUCUCAACAACGACCUUAUUAAGUCAUAACAAAUUCAAAAAAGAGAGAAGAAAAUGAAUCGUUUUGUAUUAAGGUCAGUGAAGCAAUGUCUGGUCAACGGCCAGAGGUACUACGGAAGCGGCGGCGGCGGCGGCGGAAUGGUGUAUGGAUCCGCCUUGGUUGGGAGGAGCGUGCACUUGAGCGGACAGCGAAAUGGAGUGAUGUUUGGUGGGUUUGAGUGGCGAAGGAUGAUGAGCUCUGCUCCUGCUUCAAUGGAGAAAGCGCCUUCGGAGAAGAAGGAACAGGAGAAGGAAGAGAUGAAAGGGAAAGACGUAGUUGCGUCAAGUUAUUGGGGGAUUUCAAGGCCUACGAUCACCAGAGAGGAUGGCACCGUUUGGCCCUGGAACUGUUUCAUGCCAUGGGAAACGUACAAGGCAGAUGUUUCAAUUGAUUUGAAAAAACACCAUGUGCCAAAGAACUUCCUGGAUAAAUUAGCUUACAAAACAGUCAAAUUUCUUCGAAUUCCUGUAGAUCUGUUCUUCCAGAGACGUUAUGGCUGUCAUGCAAUGAUGCUGGAAACAGUGGCGGCAGUCCCCGGCAUGGUUGGCGGGAUGCUUCUGCAUCUCAAGUCUCUCCGUAAGUUCCAGCAAAGUGGUGGAUGGAUUAAAGCCUUACUUGAAGAAGCAGAGAAUGAGAGGAUGCAUUUGAUGACGAUUGUGGAGCUCGUGAAACCCAAGUGGUACGAAAGGUUACUUGUUCUAGCUGUGCAGGGAGUGUUCUUUAAUGGCUUCUUUGUUCUUUAUCUGAGCUCCCCAAAAUUGGCGCAUAGAUUUGUUGGGUAUUUGGAAGAGGAAGCAGUUUUCUCCUACACCGAGUAUUUGGAAUCAAUCGAAAGUGGUGAAACAGAAAAUGUUCCAGCCCCUGCCAUUGCCAUAGAUUACUGGAGGUUGCCUAAAGAUGCCAGACUCAAGGAUGUUAUAACCGUGAUUCGCGCUGACGAAGCUCAUCAUAGGGAUAUUAAUCAUUUCGCUUCUGAUAUUCAAUUUCAGGGAAAGGAAUUAAGGGAGGCACCCGCUCCAAUUGGUUAUCAUUAACUCAAUUCUAUGUUGUAUUAUGGAUAUUCUUUUAUAUAUUCCUAUCUGAUGCAAAACUUUGAAUAGUAUUUAUUUCGCAUUUAGAGUAUAGAUAGUUUAAUUUCCUUAAAGGAAAGAGAAGAGUGUGACAUAUUGUAAUCCUCCAAAAAAAAUCAAAUGCAUAUGAUUUAGUUUUUAUUCGAUA